CUGGUGCUCAUUGUGCGCGAGGGCUCCUCCCGCUCGGCGGUCUCUCACUACAUUUUUCUGCUGGCCCUGUACCGCGCCUUCUAUCUGGGCAACUGGGCGCAGCGCUACCGUCGCGAGCCCUACUACUGGCAGCCGCAGGCGUGGACGUCGGGCGCCGUGCAGACGCUCUUGUAUGUGCCCUUCUUCAUCGUCUACUGCCGCGCGAAGCUCUGCUGCCUUCGCCCGCAUGCUCGCGUGCAGCUCACGGAGAUUCGCUCGUUGCUGCGUGGCGGCGACGAAACCGGCGGCGGCGCGGCUGAGGGCACGGCGGACGGCGUCGUCGGGGGUGCCGUCGUGUCAGGUCCAGCGCUGGAGCAUUGCAAGUUCCGCUGCCCUUCGUGCGGUACCGACAUUUUGGACAUGCUGCGGCCGGGCCGGCUGAGCACGGUGCGCUGCAAGUGCGGUGAGGCCUUCCAGUUCUUUGUCGUCGACUCUGCCUAA